AUGUACAAAAACGACAAGAGCAUCCUUAUCAACGAUCUUCUCUUCAAAAUUCUAGAACUAGUUGAGCCUAAAACCUUGCUUGACUGUCUUCUUGUCAACCGCAACAUGUACCAACUGGCAAUACAAAUUUUGUGGCGUGCGCCUCGUUUCAGAGUAUUUCAGACAGUAAAACAGUUUUGCAAAGCUUUGGAAUUUAGGCCGCAUAACGCCAAAUUCGUACGCGAACUUAACUUCAAUAUCGAAAGUAUCUUCAACCCAAUUAAUAAUACGCUGUUUAUUAGUAUUGUGGAAAACUGCCAUGGACUCGUCAAACUUGAUGUAAGCUUUGCUUCUUUGAUUACAGAUGAGGCUAUAAUUGCUAUAUCGCGACAAUGUCCAGAAUUAAGGACAAUUGAAUUAAGUGAGUGUGAUAAGUUGACUGAUAUUUCGAUCAAAGCUCUAGCGAAUGGAUGUAAUCGGUUGCUUGAACUUAAUUUGGAAAUGUGCAGUAGUUUGACACCACGUUCAAUCGAUUACUUGGCGCAAAGACAGCAACACAUAGAGGUGCUGAAUUUGAGCUUAUGUGGAUGGGUUAACGACGAUGUCGCUUAUUCAAUGAGUGAAUUCUAUUCUCUUCGUGUUCUGAAGCUUUCUCAUUGUAGAAAUGUCACCUCUAAAUUCUUCACGAUCUUGACACCGUAUACACCUCACCUCAAAGAAUUACAUAUCACUGGAUCGUCUGAAAUGAAGGAUGAAGGGGUUAUUAAUAUCACAAAGCAUUGUCCUGAAUUAGAGGUGCUUGUCUUGAGUGGUUGUAAGAUCAGUGAUUUGUCAAUGUACUGUAUUGCGGAGAACUUGAAAAAUUUAAAAAAGUUGGAUGUUUCAGGUUGCCCGAAUAUCACCUACAAGGGAUUGGAGCUGGCGUUGUGUCUGAACUUGACAUCUUUAAGGGCAAACAAUUUUGAUAUUAACGUCGAUGCCUUGAAUAUAUUGAGAAACCAGUUUCCGAGAUUUUGGGGGGAUGCUUAUCAUAAUACUAUUGCCUACUAG